GUGGACAGUCUUUAACACUCCAGUUGGACCAAAUCUAAAUACCUCUUCUUAUCAACCACAAAGAAACCCACAAAAGUCUUAAGUAUUUUCCAUUGAAACUCAUUUUUUGGUGAAGAAAAAAAGAAAGAAAUGGCUGCUUCAGCUAUGGCAAGCACUCAACUAAGGAGCAACUUUACUUCAACAAGCAUCACAAAAGCACUUGUAGCUCCAAAGGGUCUGUCAGGAUCUCCUUUGAAAGUCUUUAGGAGAAACCCAAACUUCACCAUCAAAGCUAUCCAAAGUGACAAGCCAACUUACCAAGUGGUUCAACCCAUCAAUGGUGACCCAUUCAUCGGAAGUCUCGAAACACCGGUAACAUCGAGUCCAUUGAUCGCAUGGUACCUAUCAAACCUCCCGGCUUACCGAACAGCAGUCAACCCACUACUCCGUGGUGUUGAAGUAGGACUUGCACAUGGACUACUCCUAGUUGGUCCAUUCGUUAAAGCUGGUCCUCUAAGAAAUACAGAAUAUGCAGGUGCAGCUGGGUCUCUAGCAGCCGCUGGCCUUGUUACCAUUCUCAGCAUGUGUUUGACAAUCUACGGUGUUUCAUCGUUUAAAGAAGGUGAUGCAUCAACUGCACCUUCAUUGACUCUAACAGGAAGGAAGAAGGUACCUGAUCAAUUGCAAACUGCCGAUGGAUGGGCAAAAUUCACUGGUGGAUUUUUCUUUGGAGGAAUUUCUGGUGUCACCUGGGCUUACUUCCUUCUCUACGUUCUUGCCCUUCCUUACUACGUUAAGUAGAUAGAAAUCUAGAGACGAAAAGAGAAAGAAAGAAAGUUGGAUUAUGAUGAUGAUUUCACAUCUUUCUUGUAUACAAUGUGGUUGUGAAAUAUUUGUGUAAUUAAUUUGCUGUUCUUAUCAAUUACUUGACGACAUUAAGUUAAUGCACUUGUCUUGUUUCUUUUCUAA